UUGGGCGGCAGAUUGAACGUGACUUAACAUUUUCAUAAUUCCCAUUUCACAAACCAAGUGGUCCGUCUCCCAAGUUUUCUCUACUCCACAGAGCUUCAAACUUCACGCCAUUAAUGGAAUCUCUCACACCUUCACUUUUCUCUCUUUUCUACUCUUAAAUCCCUCACUGGCCACUGCUGCACCAACAACAAUCACUACUGCAUAUUCUUCGCCUACACUUUGUCCAAGCCAUGAAGGUCACCAUUCUUUCCAGGAGCGGUAGAGAAAUCAUCACCGGCGGCCUUCAAAUCGAUGAUUCGGCUACGGUGAGCGACUUGCAGGAGGCUAUUCAUCAGCGACGAAGAAAAUACUAUCCUUCUAGACAGCGUCUUACCCUGCCUGCAAAACCAGGGUCAAAAGAGAGGCCCAUUGUUCUUAUCCCAAGCAAGAAACUCCAAGACUACUGCGACGGAAACUUGGAUAACUUGAGCAUCACAUUUAAGGAUCUUGGGCGGCAGGUUUCUUAUAGAACGCUCUUCUUGUUGGAGUAUUUGGGGCCACUCCUUAUCUAUCCCAUGUUUUACUACUUUCCAGUCUAUAAGUUCUUCGGCUAUCAAGACGAGCGUCAUAUCUACCCUGUCCAGACUUAUGCUAUGUACUAUUGGUGCCUCCAUUACUCUAAGCGGAUCAUGGAGACCUUCUUUGUUCAUAGGUUUAGCCAUGGAACUUCACCCUUGUCUAAUGUCGUCCGUAAUUGUAUGUACUAUUGGAGUUUUGGAGCUCUGAUAGGCUACUAUGUAAACCACCCACUUUAUACCCCAGUGAAUGACCUCCAAAUGAAGAUUGGUUUUGGAUUUGGAUUGUUAUGUCAAAUAUCCAACUUAUAUUGCCAUCUCAUAUUGAAGAAUCUUAGAGAUCCUAGUGGAGAGGGAGGCUACAAAAUCCCACGCGGGUUCCUUUUCAAUAUUGUAACUUGUGCCAACUACACAACUGAGAUUUAUCAAUGGCUUGGAUUCAAUAUCGCUACACAAACUGUUGCUGGCUAUAUUUUUGUAAUAGCGGCUACCUACAUUAUGACUAAAUGGGCAAUUGCAAAACACCGCCGCUUGGAAAAGCUUUUCGAUGGGAAGGAAGGGAGGCCAAAGUAUCCAAGAAGAUGGGUGAUUCUACCUCCAUUUUUCUGAAAACAACAAAAGCCUUCACUUGCACAAGAAAAUAAUCGUAAUGGCAACACUGAUGAAGCAAACUUCCGGAAAUCCAUGGCUGUUAUGCUACUGCUACUUUAAUUAGUAUGUUUUUUUUCCACUAUAAAACUUGAUAUAAGAAGAUUUUACAAGGCUUGGCCAUGAACUCUCAUUUCAAAGAAACUUUUUGAGGAAUCUCUAGAGUCUCCGAUUUACCUAUCCAUUAGGAAGUAAUAUUUAGAUGUAAGAAAAUAAAUGAUUUGACCACUUGAGUAGAAACUGUUGAUCUAAUACAACGAGGUUGAUCGUUUUGC